AGACUGGAAAUACACGCAACUUUUACAGAUAAUUUCCUUCUUCUUUGGACUGGUAUGAGCUAAAGAUACAUAUAUAUACCUAAGAGUUUUUGGCCUAAAAUAUUGUCUAGGCUUGAGCCCAUAUAGCCUUCUACAUCCUUCUGCCCCUGGUAGUGUCUGUUGAUACAUUUGCUCGUCCAAGUUCUAACCAGGCUAUAAUAUGGCUGCUGCUUCUUCUUCUUCUGAUAUCAUCCCUCGGGAGAAGUAUGAUGUAUUUCUUAGUUUCAGAGGCGAGGACACCCGGAAUACUUUUACCAGUCAUCUUUAUGCGGCUUUAUGUCAAGAAAAAAUCCUAACUUACAAAGAUGAUGAGGAACUGCAGAGAGGAGAUGAUAUCUCACCUGCCCUUCUCAAAGCAAUCAGCGAAUCGAAGCUCUCGGUUAUCAUUUUCUCCAAAGACUAUGCCUCUUCCACAUGGUGUUUGGAUGAACUUGUGCACAUACUCCGAUGCAGAGGUGAACAGUUUGUUAUACCCAUCUUCUACGGCAUAGAUCCAUCACAUGUACGCAAACAAUCGGGGAGUUAUGCAGAUGCAUUUGUUAAACAUGAGGAGCGUUUCAAGGACACGAUGGACAAGGUGCUCAGGUGGAGACAUGCUUUGACAACAGCAGCCAAUAUAUCUGGGUUUGAUUCCGAAAAAAUUAGACCCGAUUCGGAUUUAGUUAAGAGGGUGGUCAAUGACAUUUUGGUGAAAUUGGAUGGCAAAUCGCAAAACGCAGGUGGUUUGGAGCGCUGGGUUGGAAUGGACAAACACAUAAUUCAACUUGUUGAGUUAUUAUGCCUCAACUCACGGGACGUCCACAUUGUAGGCAUUUGGGGUAUGGGUGGUAUCGGUAAGACCACCAUUGCUGAUGUUGUAUUUCACCGUCUCUCUUUUGAAUUCGAAGCUUGUUGCUUUAUUAAUCAUGUCAGGGAAGCAUCAGAGACGAAACAUGGACUACUAUAUGAUUUGCGAAAUGAUCUUUUUCGUACUUUACUAAAGGAUGAAAAAAUACGCAUAACCACCCCCUCUAUCGGAUCAAGUUUUAUGAGAGAGAGGCUUCGCCGUACAAAGGCUCUCAUUGUUCUUGAUGAUGUGAGUGAGUUUUCCCAAUUAAAAUUUUUAGCUGGAGGUGAUUUCAAUCUGUUUGGCCCUGGAAGUAGAAUCCUUGUAACAACUAGAGAUAAACGCAUAUUUAGGAAAGGUGUUGAUGAUGAUAAGAUAUAUGAGGUUCAGGAAUUAGACGUUGAUGAAGCUCUUGAGCUCUUUCAUUUGAGAGCUAAUGUCUCUUUCCCAGGUGAUUACACAACUUUUGCAAAACAGGUGGUAGAUUAUGCUGGGGGCAAUCCAUUGGCUCUUACAACCUUGGGCUCCGUAUUCUCUCAUUGCUGGAGCAAAGAAGACUGGGAAGGUGAAUUAGAAAAAGUGAAAAAAAUUCCCAACCGAAAUAUCCAACAGGUAUUGAGGUUGAGUUAUGAUAGAUUAGAAGAAAAUGAGCAGGAUAUAUUUCUCGACAUCGCAUGUUACUAUAAAGGAGAGGAUAUAGAUUAUACAGAAAGAAUGUUAGAUGCCUCUGGUUUCUGUGCGAAUGCAGGGAUAAGACUUCUCAUUGAUAUGUCUCUCAUAUCCGUGGAUAAAUGUUCAAGAUUCAUUAAGAUGCAUGAUUUGAUACAAGAAAUGGGUCAUAAAAUUAUUCGUGAUCAAGAUGCUAAGAAUCCCGGAAAACGCAGUAGAUUGUGGACUGCAGAUGAUGUUUGUCGUGUACUGAAAGAAAAUAGGGGAACCGAAGCAAUUGAAUGCUUAGGCAUGAGCAUGGACCACAUUUCAGAUCUUGACAUAAAACCUUCAGCCUUCAAAAAGAUGGUUAAUCUAAGAUUACUUAGGUUACAGUUUGAGCGUUACUCUUACUGGGACUCGAAGUCAUGGGUCAACAAAGUUCACCUUCCUCAGGGUCUCAAGUGUCUUCCUCAAGCCCUUAGAAUCCUGCACUGGGAUGGCUACCCUUUGAAUUCUCUGCCAUCAAAGUUUCGUCCAGAGAAUCUUGUUGAGCUUCAUAUGCAAGGCAGCCGACUUGAGCGACUUUGGGAUAAAGGCCUGAAGAUCAAUCUUGGAAGCUUAAAACGCAUGUAUCUUCGUCUGUCCAAGCACCUGGCUGAGGUUCCAGAUCUCUCUGAGAGUCCAAAACUCGAGAGCAUUGAUCUUGAACGUUGUACAAGUUUGGUUCAACUUCCUUCGUCUUUUCAGCAUCUUGCCAAGCUUACUUGGCUGAGUCUGGAUGACUGCUCCAAUCUCAAAAUUCUCCCAGAGAUGCCAGGCAAUCUGGAAGUCUUAAAAUUGGAUGGGACUGCAAUAGAAGAAUUGCCUUCAUCAAUUUGGUGUCUCGAGAAGCUCCGUUAUUUGGGUCUUGGAUCAUGUAAAGAGCUUAAGAAUAUUCCAAGCAGCACUUGUAGGCUGAAUUCGCUCCGAUGUCUUCGUCUUCGUCUAAGUGGCUGCCUCUCUCUUGAGGAGCUACCUUCUGGGCUGACAUCACUGGACUUGAGGGGUUGUGAGAGUCUUGGGUCUUUGCCUGUCGAGCUACCUUCCGGGCUGAAAGAUCUGUUCUUGGGCUAUUGCAAAAGUCUUGGGUCUUUGCCUGACGAGCUCCCUUCUGGGCUGACAACGCUGGACUUGAUGGAUUGUGAGAGUCUUGGGUCUUUGCCUGUCGAGCUCCCUUCUGGACUGAGCUAUCUGUACAUGAGAAAUUGCAAGAGUCUGAAGUCUUUGCCUGUCGAGCUCCCUUCUGGGCUGAGGGAACUGAGCUUGAGGGGUUGCGAGAGUCUGGGGUCUUUGCCUGUCAAGCUCCCUUCUGGGGUGACAUCACUGGACUUGAGGGGUUGUGAGAGUCUUGAGUCUUUACCGAAGCUGCCAUGGCUUCUAAUGGAGAAAUGUUUAUUUAUAAAUUGCGUGAAAUUGGAUCAGAGUGCAUGGAGCAACAUAAUGGCUGAUGCACAGCUUAGAGUUAUGCAAUGUGUACGUCCCCUCGGUGAAUGGAAUACGAUUAAAGUCUCUUGUCCGGGAAAUGAAAUUCCAAAGUGGAUGAGGUAUCGACGUAAGGGACAUAAGAUAAAUAUCAAGCUUCCUCCUCAUCCGUUUCGUCAAGGCUUCCUCGGUUACGCCCUAUGCAUUGUGGUUGCAUUCAACAACUAUACGCCGCCACCCAUUAAUAUUGGACCUACCUACUUUAUUUGUGGAACCCAUCACAAAACUAACAAUGGUCACAAAGAUCGGUGCGACCUCGAUAUACGCCUACCAGAUGAUAUAAUUCUCAAUUCAGAUCAUUGGUUCCUUUGGUAUUUCUGCCCUAACUUUGUUCGAUUUGGAAGUACAAUCAAUCGCGAGGAUUGGGUGAAAGCAUCCGAGGCCUCUUUUAACUUCAUGUUGUACCAAGAUACCGGUCCGAAAGAAAUUCCCUUUGACCUCUCCACUGUGAGGGUGAAAAGGUGUGGAGUCUCCUUGAUGUAUGCCCAAGAUUUUGAAAAAUUAGUUAGAGGCAUUGAUGAAGAUGUAGUUAUGGAACCAAAACAAGUAGUUGAAGAAGAAGAUAUCAUCAUCAAAACUAAGAGACGACGCGACCAUUCUGAUCCCGGUGGAAGAGGAAUUGCAAUCUUCAAAGAAGAAGAUGACAGCGAACUACUUUCCGAGACUAGUAAAAGGAAAAUCAACAUCAUGUGAAAUAUUCACGUUCAUAUACCAUUUUAUGAGGUUUUCCGAAGUAAGGAAAGAAAUAA